CAUCAUCGUCUCUCUUUUUCUCUUUUUCUCUUGAGUUUUCUUCUUUCUUUCUGUGUUCUCUCUCACCAUCUACAAGGUGUUUGCAAAUAUUUUAACUAAAGGUGGGAGGAGAUGACGAUGCGUAGAAGAGUAAAGUUGAUUUUAAUUGAUAACAAUUGUUGAUCUGCUGUUGGUACCAACGGACUGAUGAUCAUUUUCUAUCUGCGCCAUGUUUGAUCCUCUCUUUUUCCCCUUUUCUUUAGCUGCAACUUUUUUCACCCUGUAAUCGUUACUAUUAGAUAACUUGUUUUCAUCUCUCUUGUGUGUUUAUCAUCAUCACCCUAAUCAUCUUCAUCACCACCAAUUGAAUCAACAAGCUCUAAAACUUGGCGUAAAUAUAUUGAACAAAUUUUGGUGAUUUUCUUUUCUUUUUUGUUCCUUUUUUUCUGUUUACUCCUUUCUGCUUAAAUUGGUGUCUUCCUUUCAUCGUCUUCAUUUUCCAUCUUUCUCGCACAGGCGGAGUUUAUGGUGAAGACUUUUAAACAAUUAUAAUAAAAUAUUUACAUCGGAACUUGGGUUCUAAUAGUUACCAAGAUGAUCCCAAUGGAUUAACAUUUAUUUCCAAUUCAAGUGUUUUCAUCUGUUUUUUUCUACUUUUGUAUAGACUCUUUCAAUUUGGGAUAUUAUUUAUCGGUCUUUCAAAUCUUGCUGAGCUCACCAAUUCUUCUUUUUGGAUUAAUCUUCAUCAUCACUAUCAUCAUCAUCAUCUCCAUUGUUCAAUUUUUUUACCUUCUUUCUCUGUGUGGAUGUUAUAACAUGUUAACCUGUUUAUGUGGCUUAGAAGAAAGGUGAAAACGACGGCGGGCAAGAAGGAGAAAGUGGCGGAGGAGGUGGAGGAGGAAAAGCGUCGUAGCUCUUUGUGCUCAAAAUUAAAAAAAAUGGUUCUUAAAUCAAGUGAGAAAAGUUUUGGACUGAAUAAUGUACAAUUAAAAUUUUGGUCAACCCGAAAAAGUUUAACCAUUACCGAUUAUGAUCCUGUUUAUAAAGUGAUCUACCUUGGAAAUGUGUUAACCCUUUGGGCUAAAGGUGAUGGUGCCAUAGACAAACCUUUGUCAACCUUAUGGAAAAAUUAUUGUUCCAAUGUGAAACAUGAUAUUUUUAUGAAGUUAACCAUUUGUAAUUCUGGAUUAAAAGCAAUUACCAGAGAACAUGGUUUAACUGAAUAUUGGUCCAAUCGAAUUACCUAUGCUGCCACUCACCCUGAUCAUCCAAAAGUUUUCUGUUGGAUCUAUCGUCAUGUUGGACGUAAAAUGAAACAAGAAUUAAGAUGCCAUGCAGUUCUGUGUAGUAAAGAAAGUAAAGCCAAGGAGAUGGCCGAAUUUUUAAAUAAAAGGUUAAUCACCGCUCUACAAGAAUUUAGGAGAGAAAAAAAGUAUCGACAAAACUUUCGUCUAUCCCUCGCCUCAUCGUGCCAAGAGAUUCCUCUUAUUCCUUUAAGGAAGCAACUUUUAAUUAAAGGAUUAGCUAAUUUUAGACAACCAUUGGAAAGAUCAAAAUCGGCUCCAAAAUUAACCUCAAUUGAAGAAAUUCUCGAAGAACCAGAAGAUGUCGAAGAAGAAGAUGAAACCGAAGAAGAAGGUUCUCUGGAAGGAACUGAUUUAGGAUCAGAAGAAGAUGCAGCCUCAGAUACAACAAUUAACAUUCUCAGAAUGAUAUUUUGAUUAAUCUAUUCAUCUAUAAAUCAUCAUCAAAACAAUACCAACAACAAUCAUUCAAAACAAUCACAACAAAACAUGACAUCGUCAUUAUUAUUUUUUCGUAUAAUCGAUAAUUAUUUUCUCUCAUUAUCAGUUUCACAAUCACUUUUACCAUUCAAAACCAUUACACACACAUAAAGACAACACCAUCGACAUCAAUAUCAUAAUCAUCAUCAUCAUCAUCAUCAUCAUCAUCUGUGUAUGAGCAAAUCUAUCAAUCAAACAACGACCUGAAAAAAGGAUAAAAAGAAACAAAAAAUCACCUUCUUUUCUUACAAACAAUUACCUCGACAUAUAAAUUAAUCCUCACCUAAAAACACACUAAACGUAAAUGUUGUUUUCUUUUUCUCAAAGAAAAUCAUAUGAAACUGUGAAUUCGCCUUAAUUCAUUAUAUAUCAAAUUAAAAAACAGAAAACGAUGAUUAAAUAUCAUUAUCGUUAAUAAUGAUAAUCUAAUCAUCGAAGAUAUUUUUUUUUGAUUA